CUCCUUCUUCUUCCGCGGCGCAAGUGGUCUCGGUUGCCCAGACCGGGGACGAGGGCUUCGUCUAGCUAGACGACCGGAAGCUCCAAGAGCAGCCGUCGUUUAUGCAGAAGCCCCAAGUCCACGAGCUGCGUAAUCUGAUGCCUGAUGGAUAUCAAUUAACAUACCGGGCAACAUGGAAGAGCAUUAUUCCUCUCCAUACCGGUACGUCGAUUGGUAUCCAUUACCAUUCAAUCAAAGACUUGGGUGAAUUCUCAAUUCACCCAUUCAAAGUCCUUUUCCUUGAGACCUACGGGAUCAUGCCCGGGCAAUUGGCCCCAAAUGGUCACCGUUUGCUGGGCAGCUUCAUCAACGUCUGCCGAUUUCUCCGUAUUCCUCUCUCCCUUCGUCUCUUCGAUCACAUAUUCGAUGUCCGGCCCGGAUCCAAAGAAACUCUUGGAUUCGUGGUGGUGUCUUCCCAUCAAGGCCGGGCAUUCCUUUGUGGCCUUCCACCUUCUAACAAGAGGUGGAAGGACAAAUACGUGUCCAUCAAGUUCCCCUCGACUUCUUUCCCUUUCACCCAAAAUGUCUGGGGGAAGAGUAUGAGGCGUCAGGUCAAACCCGCGGAGGCUGAUGACCUGGCUGCUUGGGAAGCUACUCUCCGGGCCGGGGACGCCUCCACCCGCAGUCAGUACCACGUUGGGAAGUGGAGCGUUUAUCCCGGCCGGGAGACCGACCCCGAGCCGGAGAUUGUUCCGCCCGGGACGAUCCCCGAAGCCAUCCCCAUUAUCCGGGCGAUGGGAUCCAAAGCUCCGACCACGACCACCGCCGGUCCUUCACGCCCGGCGAAGAAGAAGAAGGAAAAAGUGGUGAAAUUCCAAUCCAAAUUCGCCGUGCCGGAGAUAGUGGUUGAGGAGCCCUCCACCGCUCAGCCACUAAACCCUCCACCCAGCCAGCCUCUCUUCUUGGAGGAGCAACCAACCCAGUCCCAUCAGGGAACUAAUCAGCCCCUCCACUCAGAGGAUCUCUUCAUCAAUGUAGAUACUCUCGAGUUCGACAACCUAAUGGGGGAGGCCGGGCACACUUCCCAGGCUGGGAGGGUAGGCCAGCCCAACGAAGAGGGCGAUGCCGAGGAAGAGGCCGCUGAGGCGUCUCUUCAACGGAAAAGGCGGAGGACCGAAGAGGUCGACCAGCCAGCUCACCAGGGGCCCCAGUCCUCCGACGCUGGCAAAGGACCCAUAGUGACCCAGUCUCCACUUCUGAUGAGCCGGUCGAACGAGGAGCUUUUCCAAGCUUUUCGUGCCGACCUGUCUGAGGUUGGCCGGAUCGGGGAGGAAUACUUCGCCCGGCUGGUGAAGUCGGCGGAUGAGGAGAAGGCCCGGAUGGAGGCCAUGAUGCUCUAUGCCAAGCACGACGGUCUCCUCAAGGCCGCAAAAGAGGCCGAUGAGCAGGCCCAGGCCAGGAUCCAGCAGCUGGAGGCCGAGGUCGCCCGGGCUGCCGAAGAGAACCAGAGGCUAGGGAAUGAAAACGCCCGGUCUGCUGAGGAGAUCGCCCGGCUGGGGGACGAGCUGCAGAAGGAGCAGUCGGAGCGUGCCGCCCUUGCCGCUGCCUGGGCUACUCAGGCGCCGGAAGAGUUCGCUGCCAAGGCCCUUCCAGACCGGGAGACAGCCAUCCGCUUCUUCCAGGGUUUAUAUAAGCAUCCUGUAUCGGCCGGCCUGGUAGACGAGAUUGGGACCUAUGGGUAUGAAAGCGGCCAGUGCUCAGAGCGGAAGGCCCUCUAUGGCAUCCUUGCGCAAAGGGUUCAAAACUUUCAACCCAAGCUCCUAUCUCUGCCCGAGCUCCAUGGCGAGGCGCCUGAACCUCCUUUCUCGGGCAUCUGAUCCAUCCGGCCUUCUUCUUUCUUUUUUUUUAAUGUAAUGUUCAGCCUCCGGGCACUUUUGUAAGACUGAAAUAUUAAUGAAAAUUUUUUUUUUCU